AUGGCUAUCCCCGCAAAGUCGGCCAUGUCUCUCUGCCGCCCUUGCAGGUCUGCCAGAGCGCAGGUCCGGGCCUUCAGUUCCACCCCCAGCCCAAUGGUCAGGCCAGAGUCGCCAAAAUUCAUCGAGAUUCCCCGUCCGAUACAACCCUAUUAUCCCAUCAAGCCUGCGGUGAAGGGCGUGCUCCCUGUGCCCCGAGAACUAUUCCCUCCCCGCCGACCGGACAAGCCAACGACUGCCUAUGUUGAGGCUGCCACACCCGAGCCAUCAAGCAAUAAACCUAAACUCCAGCCUGGAGACCCUCAAUUCGACUAUGUGGAAUGGAAAAAGAGAAUGGCUGCCAUCCGCCGCCAAAAUUUGCGCGAGGGUCUAGUCGAACUAUACGCGCGCAAGCAGAAAAGCGACGCAUAUAGAGCAAAACGAAGCAGCGCCAAAAUAGCGCAGCGGGAACGGAUUCUUGCGCAGGGCCCUCGAGAAGAUGACCGGUUAAUGCAACCGUCUACGAUUCAAGUCAUGAAACCGAGCAAGAUGCCCAUUCUCCCCGAUCCUAAUGUGGAACAGCGACUUGAAGCUUCUCGUUUGAAAUAUGCUUCGAAGCAGCAGAGUAAGAGGCAACAGAGAAUUGACAGUCUCCACUCUCUGUACAUGAACGCCCGAAAUUUCAUCAUCAAUGAAGAGCAGCUGAAUGCGGAAAUCGAACGGGUCUUCCCCGAGGGCGAGAAUCCAGCAUGGACGAACGAUGAGGAUGUUGGAGAGAAUAUCUGGAACUUAGGUCCUCCAUCGACUAUUGAGUCUCUGGUGCAUAAGGGAAAGACACAAGCUACGAUUUGGAGUCUGGGGGAGAAGAGAGUGAAGAAGAUUGCCGAGGAGCUCACCGGAGGAGCUAUUUAA